AUGCGGCCUCCAAAGAUCGAGUGCACGCUGCGCAGGCUGCCCCACUUCCCGUGGCACGGAGGACGGCUCGUGGUCCUGGAGAUCCUCUGUGCCGAGUACUUCGUUUACGGCCAGACGACGUGCGUCGCGAUCAACCCGGACGGGACAGAGGCCAAGCUCGACGCGUUCCGCUCGCUCGUCGGCAGGUCGUGGGGAUCCUACACCGCCGCUGUGCUUGAGAUUCACAGCACGAUUUGCGGCUGGCAGUCCGGCGUGCGAGAGUACGAGCUGUUCGAGACCUACGUGGUGCCCGACGAGCCGCUGGAGGGGAAGCCCUUCCCGAGGACGGGCUCGCGUCGGUGCACGUUGGCACGGGGGAACGAGAGCUUCGACGUGUUCUACUCGCCGGAGGUCGCCAUGCUGCCCGUCUCGAUGCUCGCCUCGGACACGUGCCCGGUUACAAACCGGCCUCGCUCGGACGGCAAGUGGAUCAAGGUCGGCGAAUGCCGGCCGAUCGUGCCGACGUGCCUCAGCAACGAGGAGGCCAGAAUGGGCCUCCAAAAGGCCAUGCCCAACGGACAGUACCACCCCCCGUACCACCAGCCAAGCAGGGGCAAGGCGCGCGCGCGCGGCGCGGACAACCAAGGGCAGAUGGCGCCAAAGAGGCCGCGCGGGGGAGACGUGGAGAGGCCGGAGCACUCGUGCCCGACGAGCAGGCCGUUCCCGGGCCUCAUCGCCUGGGUCUCGGAGGCGCCGCACCUCAAACGGCCGAAUAAGCCCCACAAGGUGAACGGCACGCUCUUCCGGAAGCCGCCCUCACUCGACCCGCCCGCCCACCCGUGGCACCGCUACCCGGUCAUCGUGACCGAGGUCGUUCACCACGUGCCGCCCGUCUUUGGCGCGAGCGGCACGUACGCGGUCGUCGAGGCGGUGCUGCCGGGCGGGCCGACGUGGACGGUGCACAAGUCGCAGCUGCUCAAGUUUGUCACGCUGGUGCACCGGCGGUGGGCGGCGCGCGCGGACACGCCCGACUUUUGCGCGAGCGUCGGCAUGGCGGCUCAGAUGGACGCGCUGCGCCAGGGCAUCCCUCUCCCACUCCAGCUGCGGCGGCUCUUCCCUACGGCGACCUCUGCUGAUGCGCCCAUCGAGCUGUGUGCGUGGCUCUGCGUGUCCCCCGGCGAGUUCGACGAGAUCGUGACGGAAGUGCCGCAGCGAGACGCCGCCGCCGCCGCGUCGUCGCGGCCGCUCGACAAGACGAAGCUCGACGAUGGCUACAUCUCCCCUACUGGACGCAAGCCCGCCGCACUGGUGAAUCCGCCGUUGCCUAACCGGAAUUUGAGUAUGGGCAAGUGGAUUCCGCGCGGGCCAUACCCCUCUUACUUGCCUGUUUUGAUGAGGGUGCGCCCCCCGACCGUCAAGUACACGACGGCCGCGGCGUUGCGCGCUUUGGCGGAUGAGGCGCGGCGGUACAGGCUGAGCGCCGCGCUCGCUUAUGCGUGCGAGCACAGGCCAGGGGAGGAGGAGGUCAGGCGGCUCCUCAAGGACGGAGCCUCGCUAGGGGUCAAGUCGCCGGAGGGCGAGCCUUGCCUUUGGAUCGCGUGCAGACGGUGCGCGACGGGGUGUGUCAAGGCGCUUCUCGAGGCAGGGGCGGACGCGACGACGCCUUACAAAGGUGAGUCGCUGCUCGAGAUGAUGAGGUCGGAGGAUCGCGACUGUGCGGCUGCGAAGGCCGUCAUUGGCCUGCUCGAGGCGCAUCUUGCCGCUUCGCACCCGGUCGUGGGUUUGCCGGGGAAUCCGCAGCCCUGCCAAGGCUAG